UUUUUUCUCUCCAUGGGAACCGAUAGGCCCCGCAGACAACAAAAUGCCGUUUCUGAAAAAAUUCAAAGCUUGCCCCGAAUGGAAACGAAAGGAACAGAUAACAUACAAAUCCGGUUCAAGGCACACUGUUUAUUUCCUGAACGGUGAUAGACACGUCGGUGAUUGGUUGAACAACCGCAAGGAAGGCAAAGGGGCUGAGUUAACUCGAAACGGGUACUUGUACGAGGGAGACUUUUCCGACGAACUUCGACACGGACAUGGGGUGCUCAGCAAGCAGAUGGAAGACGGCUCACUGAGGCUCGUGUAUAGCGGCGAGUGGCAGCGCGGGAAACGUCACGGCUGGGGCAUCGGGCGGGGCGCGGACGGCACCUGGUACGAGGGGUGCUGGCAGGCCGGCCGGCGCGCCGGGGAAGGCCGCGUGUGGCUGCCCGACGGCGCAUUCUACCACGGCGAGUGGAUGGACGACAAGUUCCACGGACAUGGCAUUCUCGUACAACCAAACGGGAACUGCUUCGACGGCGAGUUCCACGGCGGGCUAAAGCACGGGCGGGGGUGCUACUACCAUAAGGACAGCGGACACGUGCAGGAAGGCGUCUGGGACGAGGACGUUUGUGUGUCGAGUACAAUGCAGCCCUCAUCCCCCGCCGCAUCCACAAAGACUCUUCCACCGAAUGAGCUGCUCAACCCCGAUGCUGUGGCAGAGGAAAGCCAAAAGGGAGCCCUGCAGAAAAUUCGUUCCAAAAGUGCACAGAACAACGGAUCAACUACGUGACACGCGAGCGGAUGUAGGAUAACAGCACACCAAAUUUUAAAGAACAUCAUUAUUUAUUUAUUGUUGCCAAUCACAGAAUAUAUUUGAGUCCUUAAAACAGAUUUUUCCUGAUGGAAGGAAGUUAGAAUACCAAA